AUGCAUGCCAUUAGGACCCCAGCCAAAGGUAACGUAGGUCACGUGCAGUCACCUGGCACUUCAAAAGCCGCUGAAACCAAUGUUCGCAAGAGCAUAUCGGAAUGGGAAGGGACCAAGCGAGACUCUUCUAGCACCUCAGAGGGCAAAACGACGCAGGCAGGACCAGCAGAAGCUAAAUCGGCACAGAACACUAAGCAGCCAGCGCUGCGGAAGGUACUGAGCCCAAAAGCACCAAAUUACGCAAGCAGAACAGCGGAAGCGAAGGCCUGCCUCGUCAAAGGCAAAAUGAAUCUGAACAACUCCCGAAAUUUAAAAACAGAAAUUAAGAGCGAAGUGGCUGGAGCACUGGACCGAAUAUACCAGCUGGUUAAAGAGGCAGAGAUCGAACUCAAAAAAGAAAAAUCGAAAGAGAGGAACAGCGGAAGCCGAGAGGUGAUGCGGGAACUGUCUACCUCAGACACAACAUUUACACUAAGCCCAGACACGAAUGAACUGGCGACUAAAAUCGAGGAACAUACAAACCUGUUGCUGGAGAACACACAAAAAAUGGUAGAGCUUAGGGAAACGUUGGAAAAACAGAAGGAGACCCUAGAGAAGAUGUCAACACUGACCUAUGCCAGCGUGACCGCGACGCCAACCGCAGAAAUGAGCAUAAAGCAAGGCCCUGCGCGAAGCACGCUGCACUCAGUGGUGGUUACCUCCAGUGACGACAAAGAAACUGGCGAGGAAGUUCUCAGUAGGGUUAGGAAUGCGAUAGACGCUAAGGAAGGAUGGAUUCGGGUGGAAAAAAUAAGGAAGGCUAAAGACAGGAAAAUAAUAAUAGGGUUGGGUACGAAAGAAGACAGAGAAAAACUAAAAAACAAGCUGGUGAGAGACGGAGUAAACCUAAAUGUCGAGACGGUGAAAAAUAAAGAUCCACUCCUCAUCCUCAAAAAUGUAUUAAAUAUAAAUACAGACGAGGACAUACACAAGGCAAUGAGGAACCAGAAUAAGGAUGUUUUUCAGGGUCUCGACGAAAGGGAAGACCGUAUGGAAAUAAAAUACAAGAAAAAAUCAAGAAACCCUCAUACUGGUCAUAUAAUAAUUAGUGUCUCGCCGACCAUCUAUCAAAGAGCGAUGAGCAGAGGGUACGUACAUAUUGACCUGCAGCGUAUCAGGAUAGAGGACCAAUCCCCGCUCGUACAGUGCACCCGCUGCCUGGGUUUUGGGCACGGCAAGCGCUUUUGUGCUGAGCUUGCCGACCUCUGCAGCCACUGCGGAGGUCCUCACCUAAGAGCCGAGUGUGUGGAGUGGCUUUCAAAGGCCGUGCCGCCCAAGUGCUAUAACUGCACAAAGAGAAAAAGAUUGGCCACAAACGAGCUGUUCAUGGAAGCAGUGAAGCGUAAAAUUGAUAUAGCUCUACUGCAGGAGCCCUAUAUAGGUGGAGACAGGGUAAUGAAAGGUCAUGCAGGGAUGCGGAUAUUCCAAGGGACAGGUGAAGCAGAGGGUGUGGUGAAAUCGGCAAUAGUCGUAUUCGACAACGAAUUAAACGUCACACAAUACCCAGAACUCACUACCAACAACAUCGUGGUAGUGGGGAUCAACACCAGUGCAUGGAAGAUCACAGCUAUUUCCUUUUAUUUUGAACCUGACCAACCAGUAGAGCCCUAUAUGGCACAGCUUUCCAGAAUAAGAGAAGAGAUAGGUCCUGGCGGCUGGAUAAUCGGAGGUGAUACAAACGCCAAGAGCACGUGGUGGGGAAGUCCGGUCACUGACCACAAGGGGGAGGACCUGCAGAGUGCCCUUACUGAAAUGAACUUCGCCGUGCUGAACACAGGGAAAAUCCCGACGUUCGACACAGUAAGAGGUGGCAAACGUUACAGCAGCUACGUAGACAUCACUGCAUGCACAAUCGAAGUUCUGGACUUGGUGGACGACUGGAAAAUCGAAGAGGGCCUCACGAGCUCCGACCACAAUGGAAUACUCUUCAAUAUCUAUUUAGAAAAAUCAAAAGGAAUUAGAAUUGAAAGGACGACUAGACUAUUUAACACCAAAAAAGCAAAUUGGCCUGAGUUUUGUGAGAAACUCAGACAAUCCUUGCAAAACAACCAAAUAACAGGAACAGAAAUAGAAUCAAUACAUACAAUAGACCAAAUUGAAUAUACAGUAAACAAAAUAACAGAAGUAAUAACAGAAAUAUGCAACUUGACCAUAGCAAAAAAGAUAAAGAAAGAGUAUUUUACCUUACCGUGGUGGUCCAAAGAGCUCGAAGAGAUGAAGCGAAACGUUGCCACCAAGAAACGCAGGAUUCGAUGUGCAGCUCACGUACGGCGAACGAGGGUAGUUGAAGAGUACCUGCAAACAAAAGAAGAAUAUGAGAUCAGAGCAGCCAAAGCACAAACUGAAAGCUGGAAAGAAUUCUGUAAGAAACAAGACAAGGAAGGAAUAUGGGAAGGGAUCUACAGGGUAAUAGGGAGAGUGACAAAAAGAGUUGAGGAUUCGCUCCUGCAAAAGGAUGGGAAAACACUGACCGCACAAGAGUCCGUCGAGUUGCUGGCAGAGACUUUUUAUCCAGAAGACUCGAUCAGCAACGACGACGAACACCAUAGCAGUAUCCGGCAAAAGGCUUCCAGGGUGGAUGAUGGCGAACAAAAUGAACUUUGCGAACCAGCAUUCACAAUGGAAGAAAUAGAACGGGCAAGCGAGUCCUUCAGCUCUAAGAAGGCACCGGGGGCAGACGGCUUUACGGCAGAUAUCUGUUGUCAAGCUAUUAAAAGCAGCCCAGAGGUAUUCCUCACUUUACUUAAUAAAUGCCUGGAACAGAACUACUUUCCCAAAAUAUGGAAAAAGGCCACAGUGAUAGUGCUAAGGAAGCCUGGGAAGGAAAAUUACACCAACCCCAAGUCAUACAGGCCAAUCGGACUGCUCCCUAUCCUUGGAAAAAUAUACGAGAAGAUGCUGGUAGCUCGUCUGAAACAUCACCUAAUACCGAGAAUUAGCACGCGCCAAUAUGGAUUUAUGCCGCAGCGGAGUACUGAGGACUCCCUCUAUACACUCAUCGAGCAUAUCCGUAACAAAAUUGAUAGGAAGAAAAUUGUAACGUUGAUAUCGCUCGAUAUAGAGGGAGCCUUUGACAGCGCCUGGUGGCCUGCAAUUCGGGUGCGUCUGGCGGAGGUACAGUGCCCGAUCGGCUUAAGGCGAGUAAUGGCCAGCUAUCUAAGGGACAGGCAGGUCUCCGUGAGAUAUGCUGGAAAAACACACACUCAGAAAACCAGUAAAGGCUGCGUACAGGGAUCCGUGGCAGGGCCCAUCCUAUGGAACCUGCUAAUAGAUCCACUGUUGGGCAGCUUCGAACGGAGAGGGGACUACUGCCAGGCAUUCGCAGACGAUGUCGUGCUUGUGGUCGAUGGAGACACCGCAUUAGAGAUCGAAACGAAAGCUAAUGCUGCACUCAAACAUGCUCGGGAAUGGGGAGUCAGAAAUAAGCUCAAAUUCGCGGCACAUAAAACCAAGGCCAUUACAAUAACUAGGAAGCUUAAAUACGACACCCCAAGACUGAGCAUGGGAAGAGCCAGCAUCGAAAUGGUUAAAGAAAUAAAAAUGCUAGGUGUCACCAUUGACGACAAGUUGACUUUCAACAGCCACGUCUCGAAUGUCUGCCGCAAGGCUAUAAAUAUCUAUAAGAAACUGUCCAGAGCCGCGAAAGCCAGCUGGGGGCUCCACCCAGAGGUAAUUCGGACAAUUUAUAUGGCUGUCAUGGAGCCCGUUAUCUUAUAUGCGGCCAGCGUGUGGGCACCCGCGGUAAACAAGCUGGGUACCCAGAAACAGCUGGGAAUUGUGCAGAGAGGCAUAGCACAGAAGAUCUGCAGAGCAUAUCGUACAGUCUCUCUCCACUCAGCGCUCAUCCUGGCGGGUACGCUCCCCCUUGAUCUUAGAGUGCGAGAGGUCGCUGCACUGUACAGGGCCAGGAGGGGCUCAGCGGUUCCGGAACUGUGUGGCCGUGAGGUGGAGAAGAUGACGUCAGUGGCCGGGAUGCCACAUCCUGCAGAGUGCACUAGAAUAGGGGUUACCCGCUUGGUUGACCAAGACGAUGUCGAAAUGCAUAGUGCAUUCGACAUUCGAAUCUUUACAGAUGGUAGUAAAAUCAACCACGGAGUUGGGGCUGCGCUCUCAGUCUGGAACAGCGAGGCUGAAAUAAAAACUCGCAAACUCGUACUGCCCAGUUUCUGCACAGUUUACCAAGCGGAGCUCUUGGCGCUGUGCGUAGCAACUAAAGAGGCCAUGACCAUCAGAGCCAGAACGUUUGGUGUUUACAGCGACUCCAUGGCAGCUCUCCAAACUAUACAAAACUAUAGUUGCCUCCAUCCCCUGGCAGUGCAAGCCAGAGAAAACAUCAAACGCAUAUCUCGUGAAGGAAAAACCAUACGCUUGCACUGGAUCAAGGCACACGUAGGGUUGGAAGGCAAUGAAAGAGCAGAUGAGCUCGCCAAAGGGGCGGCUGUAGAUACCAAACGCAAACCGGAUUACGACCGAUGCCCGAUUGCAUACAUCAAGCGUGGUAUUCGUGCGGCCACGCUUGAUGAAUGGAACCGCAGGUACAAUUCCGGAGAAACGGCGUCAAUUACCAAACUGUUCUUCCCGGACGCGAAGGCGGCCUAUAAAAUUGUACGAAAACUUGUACCGACUUACCUGACUACGCAAAUCAUGACGGGGCACGGUGGAUUUUCCGAAUACCUUAGUCGCUUUAAGUGCAAGGAGAGUCCAUCGUGCAUCUGCGACCCAGCACAAUCAGAGACAAUACAACACUUGCUCUUGGUGUGUCCGAUACACGCAAUGGAGAGGGCCGCCCGCCGUGAGGCCAACGAACCUAUAAAAAACGGAGAGGUUGAGCAUCUGGAGCGCUCCCUUACCGAGGUGGGUCCCUCCGACCCCCUCAGAACAUGUGAUAUCGCCCAGAAAUUAGUGGCUGCGGUAGUGAAGAAGUCGGCCAAGGGCCUAAAGGGCGACUGCGUGCGGGCCCUAAAAUCGGCUACCUCCUCCCUGGAGGAGCAAAUGGCAAUUGCAGUAAGCCGCACCACGAAUGAUGAAACGGUGGGUCUACGAAAAACAGUGGACCUGCUGCACGCCCGACUGGCCCAAAUCAGUGCCGAAAACGAUCGCCUUCGGCAGGAGAACGGGCAGAUGAAGGUCGACAUGGCUGAGAUGCGCACGCUCGUGAACGACUUAGUCGAGAAGCAGUGCAACUCGGCCCCUGCAUCUACUCCGCUCGAGACAGAAGAGGCCAACGAGGCCGAGGAGUUGAGGCGGCGGCUCCUAAUACAGGAGGCACGCAGCUCGAACGUGGAGCCCAGGGCCGCCCGCCGUGAGGCCAACGAACGUAUAAAAAACGGAGAGGUUGAGCAUCUGGAGCGCUCCCUUACCGAGGUGGGUCCUUCCGACCCCCUCCGAACAUGUGACAUCGCCCAGAAAUUAGUGGCUGCGGUAGUUAAGAAAUCGGCCAAGGGCCUAAAGGGCGACUGCGUGCGGGCCCUAAAAUCGGCUACCUCUUCCCUGGAGGAGCAAAUGGCGAAUGCGGUAAGCCGCACCACCAACGAUGAAACGGUGGGUCUACGGGAAACAGUGGACCUGCUGCACGCCCGACUGGCCCAAAUGAGUGCCGAAAACGAUCGCCUUCGGCAGGAGAACGGGCAGAUGAAGGUCGACAUGGCUGAGAUGCGCACGCUCGUGAACGACUUAGUCGAGAAGCAGUGCAACUCGGCCCCUGCAUCUGCUCCGCUCGAAACAGAAGAGGCCAAUGAGGCCGAGGAGUUGAGGCGGCGGCUCCUAAUACAGGAGGCACGCAGCUCCAAAGUGGAGCGCGCGAGACCGCCCCUCGCUCACGAGAGAAAAGGAGAAGCCCCAACACCGGCACCCCGCAGGAUCGUGAAGACGACCACCACCUCUAACGCGGUAUCAAGGGCCACCAAAACAUAUGGCGGCCCCAAAACCAAAAUGGGCGACUGUGGCCGCUAG